AUGGCCCCCACGCUCCUUGAAGCUGCUGCUCUUGCACUCCGUGCAUCAUCUAUCGUCUGCCCUACCACACCCACAUGUCCUCAAGACGACAAGUGCACAUAUGUGUCUAAAGGCGUGACUCUACACGUUAACUGUGCAACCAACUUUUACGGAGGAGACUUGCAACUGGCACAAGGUGCAAACUCACGCACUUUCGCACUGUCUUGCGGAAUAGACUUUUACGGCGGUGACUUCACCAACAUGAAGGCGGCAAGCCUGGUUGUUUGCACCCAAGCGUGUGCAGAAACGCGCAAUGUGUUGCUGCUAGCUUUUUUUGGAGGCAAGGGCUUAGGGCACUGCUAUCUGAAGAACAAGAACAACGCCGCAAGUGCUAAUGAAAGCAUCGAUGGUGACUAUUGCUGUCGACACCCGGGUUGCAGCUCCUCCUUCUACCACUUAGUCGUCCUCUUCGCUGAUCGCAGCUACGUAGCCAACCACUGCUUCGACAUCAAACAAUAUGGUCUCCUCGACUUCGUCCGAUGUCAGCUCUUCAUUGUCGAACAUGGCUCCUUCGUCCUCAUCAAGUUCAUCCGACAUCGUGACAUCAAGCGUGAUCAGGAGGUCUUCCAGCACUUCUAG